AUGAGCAAGAAAGAGUUAAAGAGACCACAAAGUGUGGAUAAGAAGGUAAAUGAUACUGCUGAAACGGAGCCAUCUCCAACCAAGAUGCCGCCAUCACAGAAUGGUGUAAAAGAUGGAGACGAGAAGGAAAAGAAAAAGUAUAAUUUCUUAGUUAGAACCCUGUGGACAUUCGUAAUGAUUGCAGGUUUUUUUGCUACACUUGCUGCUGGUCAUUUCUGGUGUAUUAUUCUAAUCUUGGUAUGCCAAAUUACUACUUUUAAGGAGUGCAUAGCUGUUACUAGUGCCUCAGGAAGGAAGAGAAAUCUGCCUCUUAUCAAGACCUUAAACUGGUACUUUUUAUUCACCACCAUAUACUAUUUGGAGGGUAAAUCACUGUUCCGCUUUUUCCAAAGUUAUUUCCUCGAAUACAAAUUCUUAGCAACAGUGGCCGCCAAUCACAAAUUUAUCUGUUACUGUCUCUAUUUGCAAGGGUUUGUCAUGUUUGUGUGCAGUUUACGCAAGGGAUUUCUCAAGUGGCAAUUUGCUAGUCUCUGUGUUACACACAUGACUCUUUUACUGGUGGUUUUCCAAGCACAUUUAAUCAUUAAAAAUGUGAUUAACGGGUUGUUCUGGUUCCUGGUUCCAUGCGGAUUAGUUAUCAUUAACGAUAUCUCUGCCUACUUAUGUGGUAUCACGUUCGGUAAAACCAAACUGAUUGAAAUCUCACCAAAGAAAACUUUGGAAGGAUUUUUGGGAGCAUGGUUCUUUACAGCAGUUGCUAGUUUACUAUUGACUAGACUACUCUCACCUUACAUGUAUUUAACAUGCCCCGUUAAAGAUAUUCGCACGAAUUUCUUCACAUCCGUCAAUUGCGAAUUGAACCCAGUAUUCAUUCCACAGGAUUACAGACUACCACCAAUAAUAUUUGAAAAAUUUGGAAUUUCAGUGGUUACCUUGAAACCAAUUUAUUUCCAUGCCUUGAAUUUAGCAUCAUUUGCGUCUAUAUUUGCACCAUUCGGUGGAUUUUUCGCUUCAGGUUUAAAGAGAACUUUCCAAGUCAAAGAUUUCGGUCAUUCCAUCCCAGGUCAUGGUGGUAUUACUGACAGAGUCGACUGUCAAUUUCUCAUGGGAUCCUUUUCCAACUUGUACUAUGAAACUUUUAUUAGUGAACACAGAAUUACAGUCGAAACCAUUUUAUCUACCAUCCUCAUGAAUUUAAGUGAAAAACAGAUUCUAGAGCUAAUCAACACUCUGAAUCUGAUAUUCUUUAGGAAAAACCUGGUAAGUGCGAACAACUACGACGAUUUGAUCAACAUUUAUAAGUCUGCAGCGGAUGCGAUUUCCGAGAACUAA